UGAGGCGACGAUUACGAGGGCGAAAAUUUCGGGAGUUACACCGACGCAGAGUCGUUGCGGGGAUGACAAGACUGCCUACAGAAUUGAAAAUGCCGCAGUUUUGAUGGUUCCUGUCAAUAAAAUAUUUCCGACCGGUAUUCCAAGAGAUUUCUCCAUCCUGGUUGUUGCCAAGCUAAAGGCCGGUACCGCCGUAUCGAUGCUUUUCACUAUUUACAAUGUCAACGGCAAGCAGCAGCUGACCCUUUCGCUAGGACGCGAAAUUACUCUGCUUUAUAGCAGCACGAAUUCAAUUCGCGGUAAGGAUGAGCCGAUCUCCUUCGACGUCGACGUCUCCGACGGAGAAUGGCAUCGAUUGGGCGUCAGCAUCAAGGGCAACUCCGUUACGAUUGUCGCUGAUUGCGACAGAUUUUUCACGAAAGAACUGCGAAGACGCGGGGAGGACAAAAUCACCGGCUUCCUUGUGACAGGACACCAUAGUAGUCUCUUCAAUUUCGAAGGUCUCGAGACGUUAAAGAUUGCUCCUAAUCCGGACGCUGCUUACGAAAUCUGCACGAUACACGCGCCCGACUGCGAACGUCGAUCAGAUUAUAGUCUGAAUUACAAUUCUUCCUCAAGCGCGAACAGUGACGAUUACGAGGAAGAGAAUGAAACGGAUUUCGACGAAAACGAUAGCGAAGAGUUUCUCCCGUCUCACGGUUCUACUAUGGAAACUCUUAUACCUAACGAAAUGGAAACGACAACAAACGCACACAACACGGAAUCAACGACUGAGUCUUACGACGAAGAACGCGUGCGUACUUCUACAACGCAAAACCAACAUUACACCCGAGGUCCGCCAGGACCUCGUGGAUUCCCCGGACCACCGGGAGUACCCGGACCUCCGGGUAAAAAAGGCGAAUCCGGUAGAGACGGAUUGGCCGGGUUGCAAGGUAUACCCGGCCCACCAGGCAACGUUUUUGUGAUACCCUCGUUAAGAGAUGGAAACGAAAAGGGACCGGACUCGCUGACGGAAAUACUAAGGCACAUACAGUCGCAGUAUGCGCUCUCGAUGAGAGGUAUAGAGGGUCCGAUGGGUCUUACGGGCGUUUCCGGGCCGGAGGGACUACCGGGACUUCAAGGUCAGAAAGGAGAACCUGGUGAUAUCGGUGAACCUGGACCCAGAGGGGAAAUAGGAAGUCCUGGCAGUCCUGGGAGAGAAGGCAGAAGAGGUCGUUCCGGUAGAGAUGGCGAACGUGGUCCCAAUGGACCGCCAGGAAUGAAGGGCGAGCAAGGACCGGUGGGAUUGCCAGGUCUUCCUGGCGAUAAAGGUGAGCGAGGACUUACGGGUACACCUGGAGAGCCGGGAUUGCAGGGUCAUGAUGGAAUGCAGGGUGAAGAUGGUCCUCCUGGUUUACCAGGCCUGCCUGGUGAAAUGGGUCCGAGAGGAUUCAUUGGACCAAGAGGAUUUCCCGGAUUGCCGGGCAAUCCUGGUAUUCCUGGAAAUGAAGGUCCACCCGGUGCUAAAGGCAACGCUGGACCACUUGGUCCAUCUGGUCCACCGGGACAACCAGGUCCUUCAGGUCCAGUAGGAUCACCUGGGCCUCAAGGUCUUCCAGGGCCAAUCGGUUUAGUAGGCCCACAAGGAAAAUCCGGAAUUCCUGGUCUUGCGGGUGCUGAUGGUUCUCCUGGUCUCCCGGGUAAUGCUGGCAUUCCUGGGAUGAAGGGUGAGCAAGGACCGUCGGGCCCACAAGGACCAAUAGGCUUUCCAGGUGUGCGAGGUACAAAAGGUGACGAAGGACAGCGUGGACCACAAGGAGAACGUGGCGAAAAAGGCGAAAAAGGAUUGGAGGGUGAAAAAGGUGAAGCUGGAAUGAAAGGAGAUCCUGGAGCUUCGGGACCACAAGGAAUUCCAGGUCUUGAAGGAUUGGAAGGACCAAAAGGCAAUGACGGUCCUCGUGGUGAAACAGGUUCUUCUGGUCCACUAGGAGAAAAAGGAAAAAUAGGAGUGCCUGGAUAUGCUGGAUUUCCCGGAAAUCCUGGAGAAAAAGGAGACAAAGGACAAAUAGGUGUACAAGGUCUUAGUGGCGAAAAAGGAGACAGAGGAAACAUCGGAUUGCAAGGAGAACGUGGCGGAACAGGUCCAAGGGGAUUUAGAGGUACUCGUGGUAGAAGAGGUGCGGAAGGAUUACCUGGACCAAAAGGUGAUACUGGUCAACCAGGACCUCCUGGGCCAGUGGGCGAAGUCGGUCCGUCUGGUCUUGAAGGUCCUCGAGGAUUUAAAGGGCCACCGGGUCUACCGGGUCUUGACGGUAAAGACGGAAUACCGGGACCGCCUGGUGAACGCGGUUCAAUUGGAGAAUCCGGACCUCCGGGACCUUCAGGGAUACCUGGUGUUAUCGGUCCUCAAGGACCAGUUGGAGAACCUGGUCCAUCAGGUGAACCUGGAGCACCUGGAAGUCCAGGGCUUCCUGGAGAAGUUGGACCUUCAGGUGAACAAGGAAAAGAUGGUCCACAAGGUCCACCUGGUUUGAUGGGACCUAAAGGACUGCCCGGUCCUAACGGAUUGCCAGGAUUUCCAGGCGAAAGAGGAUUAAAUGGUUUACCAGGACUGCCUGGAUUGAAAGGAGAGAUGGGACCUCCUGGAAUUCAAGGACCUUCUGGCGAUAAAGGUUCUCAAGGUGAACCUGGAAAAGAUGGGCCACCAGGAUCAGAAGGAAAGCAAGGAUUCAAAGGAAAGAAAGGAUCAAUUGGACUUAAAGGAGACAAAGGUGAGCUUGGAUUACCUGGGCCCACAGGUCGCGACGGUCUACCUGGACAACGGGGCUUACCCGGUCCACCAGGACCAAUUGGAAUUCCAGGAGAGGAUGGCGAUAAAGGGAACAUUGGUCCACCAGGCGAGAAAGGAUUCAAAGGAUCUCAUGGAGAAAUAGGUCCUUCGGGCCCACAAGGAAUACAAGGACCACGUGGCGAACCUGGUUUAACUGGUCCUCCUGGAGAGAAAGGAUCACAAGGCGAGAUUGGACCACGAGGACCAAAAGGUGAAGACGGUCCUGUCGGAGCAACUGGACCAGCUGGACCUAUUGGAUUAACCGGUUUGCCAGGCUUAUCAGGUGAAAAAGGCGAAGUUGGAGAUCCUGGAAUAAUUGGGCCCGUAGGGCCAUCAGGUAUUCCAGGAGAACGAGGUCAAAGAGGACCGAGAGGUGUUAAAGGUGCAGAAGGUCCACCAGGCCCAGAGGGCCGUCAAGGUGAGAAAGGUGACAGCGGAAUACCAGGACCAGUUGGAAAACCAGGAAUGGAGGGGAAACAGGGAGAAAGAGGCCUUCCGGGAGCGAAAGGAGAAGAAGGCAAAGAAGGACCUGGUGGACCGUCGGGACCACGAGGAUUACUUGGUCCCGAAGGUCCAAAAGGUGAUAUUGGACUGCCUGGCUUCCCUGGUCCACCAGGAGAACCCGGUUUGAUGGGCGCAAAAGGUGAACCAGGAAAAGAUGGCGAAGAUGGACGAGCAGGUGAUCCAGGAAUAUCAGGUGAAGUUGGACCACCUGGCAAAGAAGGAUUGCCUGGCCUACCUGGAAAACCGGGUCCGGAAGGCCCAGCGGGUCAACAAGGUAAUACAGGCUUGCCAGGAGAUAAGGGAGAUCUGGGUUUACCUGGACCUCCGGGACUUCAAGGACCCAGAGGUUCUCCGGGUCCGCUUGGUAUUACCGGGUUACCAGGAGAAAAAGGUUUACCGGGGAUGGCCGGAGAAAGUGGCUCUCCGGGCAAACCGGGCGCUGAUGGUGCCCCUGGAUCAAUCGGACCGAUCGGUCCGAAAGGUCCGAAAGGCGACAAGGGUCGCAGAGGCGCUAAAGGACAUCGAGGUGAAUUAGGACAUCCCGGGAUCAAGGGUGAUCAAGGAGAAAAAGGACAGAAAGGUGAACACGGUCUUCCUGGAGUAGAAGGACCUAAAGGUAAUCCUGGACCUCCGGGUUUAAUCGGAUUCAAAGGAGAAGAUGGACCUGCUGGUGCGUCUGGACCACCAGGACCGCCUGGGCCUAAAGGAAACACUGGGAAUGAUGGAAAAAAGGGUGACACUGGUCCAGCAGGUCCGCCGGGUCCACCAGGAGUGCCUGGUCUAACGAUAGAUCAGCUUGAUUUUAGAGGAAUACCAUUUCCGUUUCAAGAAGAUGAGUCGAUAAGAAAAAGACGCUCAGGAAAUACGAAUAAUGAGGAUAAGGACAUGAAGUACAUAGACAUGUACAAGUCCAUUUUUACUAUGCAGCAACAAUUGAAUCGACAGUUAAGACCUACUGGUACAAGAGACAAUCCAGCAAGAACGUGCAAAGAUUUGUUUUACGGUCAUCCUGACUUUAAAGAUGACUGGUACUGGAUUGACCCAAAUUUAGGCAUGCCUGACGACGCUAUCUAUGUAUACUGUAACAUCACGAACAAAGGCGAAACGUGCGUCUUCCCCGAUAGUCACAAUAGUAAGAUGCCGAACGUACCGUGGAAAAAGGAUAAUGAUAAGAGCGAUUGGUACUCACGUUUACGCGGAGGAUUCAGAAUAACUUACGAAACGAUCGGAGUGGUACAGAUGAAUUUUUUGCGACUGCUCAGUCAAGAAGCCUAUCAGAACUUUACAUACACGUGCGUCAAUAGUGUCGCCUGGUAUAACAACGACGAUCCGACUCGCGGUCACGAUCUCUCGCUACGAUUGCUCGGUGAUAACGAAGACGAGUUUUCGUACAGCGGCAACAACAGACCGCAGAUUCUUGUGGACGAUUGCAAGAAGCGAAAUGGCAAAGCAAAGACCGUGUUCUUAAUUCGCACCAAGAACCCACAGCAGUUGCCCCUGGUCGACUUUUAUCCGCUCGAUUACGGAUCGCCGCAGCAAUCCUUCGGUUUCGCGGUCGGUCCGGUUUGUUUCAAGUGAAAGAAUGAAGUGAAUACGUUAAGUAAUUCUACAGUUUGCUUAUUUUUAUCCUAUUAUUAUACAAAAAGU